AUGGAAGUGUUCCAAGAGUUCAAAUUAUUGACUUCAGAGGUGAUAUCCAGAACAGCUUUUAGUAGCAGUUACUUGGAAGGGGAGAAGAUUUUCGAGAUGUUGACGAAGUUGUCACUAAUUGCAAGCAGAAAUGUUUUUAAAACAAGGCUCCCUAUUAUCAGCCGGUUCUGGAAAUCUUCUGAUGAAAUUGAAUCAGAUAAACUUGCGAAAAUGAUACAUGAUUCUGUGAUGAAGAUUGUUGAAAAAAGGGAAGAGAAAGUAGUAACCGGAGAAGCUGACAGCUUCGGCAAUGACUUUCUGGGAUUACUGGUAAAUGCCUAUCAUGAUUUGGACGAGAACAACAAGCUUUCCAUACAAGAUUUGGUAGAUGAGUGUAAAACUUUCUACUUUGCCGGGCAAGAAACAACUAAUUCCUUGCUCGCAUGGACAAUCCUGCUAUUAGCAGCACACACGGAUUGGCAAGAAAAAGCAAGAAGAGAGGUGAUUGAGAUCAUUGGCAAAGGAAACCAAAAUUCUGAAGGGAUUGCCAAACUUAAAACUAUUCCAAUGAUUAUCAAUGAAACUUUACGACUCUAUCCUCCUGCAACUGGCACGAUGAGAAAAGUAGAAAGAGAAGUCCGAUUAGGAAAACUCGUCCUGCCUACUGAUUUAGAGCUCAACAUCCGAAUCAUGGCACUUCACCAUGACCCUGACUUAUGGGGAGACGAUGUUCAUCUUUUUAAACCAGAGAGAUUUGCUGAAGGGAUUUCUAAAGCUACUAACUACAAUGCGGCUGCAUUUUUUCCCUUUGGAUUGGGACCACGAUCUUGCGUUGGAAUGAGCUUUGCAAUCACUGAAACAAAAAUUGCCCUCUCCAUGAUUUUGCAACGCUACACAUUCACCCUCUCCCCUGCCUAUGUUCACUCACCUUUACCACUUAUUACACUGAAGCCACAACAUGGGAUCCAGUUGUUGUUUCAUUCACUACAUGAUGAUGCUUAA